CUCAAAGUGGCAGUGUCAAUGUCAAAUACGCGUGUCGAAAGAGGUUAUAUUUACGACACAAAAUGUUUAAAAAAUUUUAGCUUUUCAGUAAAAUUAUUGUUUUACCGUAUCUCUGUAUAAUGGAUUUUGCUAGGAAACAACUAGAAAAAUACGGCUGGACCGAUGGCAAAGGACUGGGUAAGCAUGAAAAUGGCAUAUCAGAGGCACUGAAGCCUAAACUGAAGCGCAGUGUGGCGGGAGUGGGGCAUGAUGCAGCCGCUGAGUUUAAUGAGCACUGGUGGACGACACUGUAUGAUAAAGCAGCUGCUAAUGUUGAGGUUAAACAGAAAAAUGGUAAAACAAAAGAAAUAAAGACAAAAGACGAUCAGGAGUUUGUCAUCACCAAUAGUACGUGGAAACUAAAUAAACGACAGAAAGUGGCUGAAAAUGAAGAACAGUACUCCGAUUACUUUGUGCGGACAGCGGUGCUGACUAACGGUGCUAGUAAUGUUGAGAGGGUGAGGGAAUCUGACUCGGAGGAUGAUGAGGAAAAGAAAGAUGUGUUCAAGAUGACCGAUGAAGAGUUGUUUGCGAAGUGUGAAGGCAGGACUGCUCAUAAAGGUGCUCGCCAUGGUUUAAGAGCCACUGGAAAGUUAGCGCGAAUAGCCCAACAAGAAGCACAACUACUCUCCCAAUCAAAAUACAGUGGCUAUUCACAUUUCAAGAAGUUAAAAGAAGAAGUUGACAACAUAAACUUCCACAGUGAUUCUGAUAGCACAGAAAUUAAAAAGAAAAAGAAGAAGAAACGUAAUCGCUGUUACAGCAAUGAGAAAAAUGAUUCUAGCAUAACAAAAUGUGAAUUGGCUGAAUCUGAUGAGAUGCCUUUGCCUAAUGAAAAUCAAAUGACAGAUGAUAUCAAUGCUGCCAAUGUAGAAAACGUAGAGAAAAUUGGUAGAAAAUCUAAAAAAACAAAAGAUGAAAUUGAUGAUGUUGAAGCAACUCCUGAAAUAAAUGUAGAUGUUCCUAAACCUAAAAAGAAGAAGAGAAAAAAGGAUGAUGAAGCACCUGAAACAGAGAUAGCAAAUACUGUUGAAGAUGAUGAGAUAUCUUCUGAAACUGCAACUAAGAAGAAAAAUAAAAAGAAGAAGCAUAAAAAUAUUGAAUUAUCUUAACUAAUUUUGAUCAAGCAAUGUAAAUAUAAAAUAAAAUCAUGUAAAUAAUUUAUA